AUGGCUGGCGCUGCAGCGGCCAGCGUUGCGCGGGCACCGCGCAGAGGUGUCAAGUGCUCGUGCUCCUCCUGCGAGACUCAGGCGCCGCUCUCCCAGUGCGAGAAUUUCGGAGACGUCUUCCUCUGCAUGGAGUGCGUGGACUUCGGCGACCAGUCUGGAUUCGAGCUGCGAACCUUGGCAGCGAUGAAAGCGAAGUCGCCAGCAAAGUGGAAAGAGAGGAAAGCGCAGAAGGAAGAGUGGGCCAUCGGCAAGAAUGCCCCAGAGUACGAGAGGGAGCACCCCCAGGAGGAGGUCUACGAGGAGACGGUCCGGGAGAGCUCCUUGUCAGAGGAGUUCACCUUCCAGCCGCGCGACGACUUCAAGGGCGAGUGCGGCUGCUUGCCAGACCAGGCGAAUGUGACGACGUUGCGAGUGACGAACUCUAAAGGCGAGGACACUUUCGGCGUGGUGCUGGCCGAUGAGACGGCGUCGCCUCCGAAGCUGACGGUGACCGCGACGCAGAGGAGGCUCAUCAAGUGGGCGCUCACCCUCGUGAAGGGCCGCAACUACUACGAAGCUCAAGCGAGCAACAUCUCCGAGAACACGUCGGCUGAACGAUCGCUGGCGCACGAACAGAUGUCCGGGGGCAAGUGCCAGCCAAAGGUCAAGAAGUUCAGCGCCUAUAGGAAGCACACGAUCAAGCAGCUCGUGAAGAAGAACGUCGGCAAGCCCAAGGGAUUGCGUCGCAUGGUGCGCGACGGCGAAGUUGCAAACGAGUCUGGUUCGGAGGCGGGGGCCGUGACGUCCGAGGCUGAGGGGGGCGAGCUCGACCAGGAGCCAGCUGCAGGCGCAGCAGGGCAGCAAGCUCCUCCACCGGCCAGGGAUGGGCAGGCUUCGGCGUCGGCUGCGCUCCAGCCCUCAGACGCGCCAAAGACGCCCAGGGCACCGGGGGCCUCAUCGGCGGCGGAGGGCUCCAAGACCAAGGAAAAGCGCGCGCCCGAUUCAGAGUGUCCGAACCUAACGUUGGCCCCAAGUUCGAAGAGGCCGAAAGCAGGCACGAACGUCGCGUCGUCGCUUGCCGAGACGGCGGCCACGGCCUGGGAAGGCGAGAGUGGCCGCCUUAAGCCGCCCGGGCACUGGCGCGAGACCCUCGCCCCGUCGAGAGUGCUCGCGGGCGCCCCCCUGAAGAGGCACGUGGGCUGGGCGAAGGAUCGGGUCAAGCGCGUCGCUGGGGUGGGCGAGUCGGUGAAGGAGAACAUGGCGGCGACCAAGGUUGACUUCGAUUCGGUUAUCGAGGGCAAGCUCUUGGGGAAGAGAUGGGCCUCACCUUUUCUUGCCUUCUCGAAUGGAGAUACCGACGACGCCUGCGUCGAAGAGCUCGCGGAGACCACGAUGCCUUCCGCGGCUGGCAAGCAGGAGGCGAGCCAGGGGGCAAGCUGCGACGCCGACGGCGACGAGGCCAAGACCCAAAGAACCAGCGAGGAGUUCGAUCCCAUGGACGUGAGCAUGGCGACCACCGACGGCAAGAUGGGAUCCAGGAUGCCGUUGCUCCUGAGCGUGCUCCUGAAGGAAAUCGCCCCUGCGGCGAUGCAGGCAGGCGUCGCGGAGAUGGACGAGAUCCCUUCCUCCGCAAGAGACACGCUGGGCGCGCUUCGCGUCACGUGCGCCCUCGGCAACAGCGCUGCCGAGAUGAACUCCGAUGCCUUGUGCGAGUUCACCAGCGUGCAGCCCGAGAAGGCCAAGGGCGCCCUCGCGGACCUGGGAGCGACGAUUCGCAUGGAUGAGCAUUGGACUAAGACCUUCGAGGGGCUCCACAGAACCAUCCAGGAUGCCAGGGAGCGGAUGCCGAAGAUCUUCACGAGCGCUAGCCAUAGCAAGGCGCUUAAAACCAGCGUCGCUCCCAGCAAUCUGCCAAGCGCAAUCACCGACGAAGCUUUCGACACCCUGAAGUCUUGCCGACAGAUCCUGAGAGCAGGGAGUGCGCGCGUUCUGGGGAUCGAGCGCGCUGGGACCCUCGGCGCGAUCAUGGAGCAGAUGUUCGACAAGAACGGCGCGGUCAAUGGCGGGGGCGGCUGCAGCAAGGGCGAGCUGAUCGCAACGGAUAAGAUGUUCAAGGACGGCAUGGGUCUCAAGUGCUUCGUCGAGGAAUUCGGCACGAAGGUGAGGGAAGGCAUCGCCACCGUGAUCGAGAGGGCAGGUGCGAAGAAGAUCAUGCGCGGGCUGACGGGGAAGAUGACGGGUGGCGCCAAGGCCGAGAACACCAACGCCGACUUUGAGCGCGUGCGUGCCGUCGAAGGCGCGCUGCAGAACAUCGGCGGGGGCUCUCGCGAUGUCGGCGGCAAGGCAGCGGCCCUGUCCUUCUGCAACAACAUGUGGGGCACUAUCAAGGACGAGGCGAACGCGACCAAUGGCGAGGUUGCAGGGAUCAUGCAGGACGUCGCGGGGGCGACGGGCGAUGGCAUCAUCGACAUCUUCAAGGCGUUCCACGCUGCAAGCGAGGCGAAGUUCAGCAUCGCAGCGCACGUCGCCAUGGCCAGCGGCAGCGAGGAGAUCGCGCUCGACCAGAUCAUGCAAGACAUCCCCGAGGGCGAGCGGAAGCAGGUCUUGGUCGAUGCCCACACGACCACGAAGAACUACAUCGCGAACAUAGGAGACCAGGCGACGGGGAACUCCAAGGCCAAGCUCGACGACAAGGUGAACCUCACUGCGAAGUGGGCCAAGGGUGGUGCUGACGGUCAAUCGUGGUGGGCGGCAGCGAACGAUGAGAGCGACCUCGACGAGGUGCUGCCGCUGGCGCAGGCCAGAGCGUGCAAGCAUGCGUCGGACAGCAACACCGCCGAGAAGAACAAUAUCCAGGAGCUGCUCAAAGUGUAUAAGGAGAUGGCCAGCGUGUUCACUCGCGUGCGGAUACCCGGCAGCACCAAGGCGGCGAGCGAGGUGAUGACGAGUCUGGCGCAGAGCCACAUCGAGGGCCUGGUGGUCGCGCUGUUCAGCGCCAAGUACAGCAAAGAGGAGCUGAAGAAGGUGUUCGCUCUCAAGAAGCUCGCGAACCAAGAGGGUGCGAAGUGGGACAAGAUGCCGCCGGCGCUCCUGGAACGCGCAAUGAAGGCGUCCAAGCUGCAGUGA